AUGCAAGAGUAUGAUCCGGAUCAUAUCGGGCUCAUAUUAGCGAUCGAGAAUGGGGAAUUCGAUAAAGCGGAUGAAAUUUUAACGAGUGAUAGCGAAAAUAGAUAUGUGCGUCCUGUGGGUACCCUUCAAGUGACAGCCUUGCAGAUAGCUGCGUGGCAGGGCAAUAUAGAUCUGUUGAAUCGACUCUACAAGAAAGGCGCUGACAUAAACAGCAUAGAUAAAAUUGGCAGAUGUGCUCUUUAUUACGCGGCACACAACGGUAAUACUGACGUGACAAAGUGGCUCCUUCAACACGGAGGAUACAUCGAUGUCAAAGUCGGUAUCUAUUUGUGUACUAAGGACAUCCCAUAUUCUUCGCUGACAAAAUCCUAUCUGGUGGGAAAGAAAUUGCCGUUACCCGUAUGCUGGGGAAGAACGCCAUUGCACGAGGCGGUAAAAAAUAAUCACGCAGACGUCGUGCGCGUUUUGGUGGAAGGCGGUGCGGAUGUAAACGUUAAAGACGAGCGUCUGAUUACCCCGUUGCUCUUAGCAGGAAGCGCGGUGAAUCGCGAUGAUCUCAAUGAGAUGACUAAGUUCGUCGAGAUCGUUAGGAUCCUGGUCGCCGCAAAGGUGUUGGUUGACAUUAUUCAUCCGGACACAGGUACCACUGCUUUGCACCAUGCGGCGAUGUUAGGCAGUGCAGACGCGACGAAGAUAUUACUGUUAAAUGGUGCAUGGCCAACAUACAAAUGCAAGAGCUCCGGAAGCAUGCCUCUUCAUAUUGUCACGAGUACAGGGAGUAUCGAGACACUAAUGGUUCUACUUGAAGCAAUGCAAUGUCAUAAUAUUGAUAUUGAUACGCGCGAUCAGAUCAAUCGUACAGCUCUUCAUAGAGCAUCUUAUCAGGGCCAUCGCGAAUGUGUACAAGCUUUAAUCAGUCAUGGAGCUAAUUUAGCCGCGGUGACGAAGACUGGUGUCACCGCUGUUGAUGCUAUAUUCGCUCAUAUUUCGCGACCAAUGACCUUUUUAACAGAUAUCUUGGAUUCUUGCGUACGAACGACCAAUAAUUCUCCUUUGGAAAAAUAUGAGAACAUCACGGUCGACUUUGGUAUAUUAGCUCCAAAGCACCAGAUGCAAAUGGCAGUGGUCACGGCCAUUAUAGCUGCAGCUUCGGAUAUAAGACAACUGGCAAUAUUACAGCAUCCACUUGUGGAGACAUUUCUCAGACUAAAAUGGGCGAGAUUAAGGAUACUUUUCUUUCUUCUUAUACUUAUACACUUUCUUUUCGUUAUUUCUCUCUCAGUCUACGCCAUAAUAUUCGCACAUAAUGACGCUGACCACAUGGUGACUCGAAGAAUCCUAGCCAUUUGUUCUUGCAUUCUUUUGUUUCACAAUACGAUUCAAGUUAUAUUAGAACCUAAGCAUUAUUUGAGACAACUCGAGACGUGGCUGUCGCUUAUAUGCGCUAUGCUAUCCUUAGUGACAUCGAUAGCGGGCGAGUUUGUAAAGUGUUCAAAGGAAGAAAUAAAGUCUCGGCAUUGCAUGUAUUGGGUGCUACAUUCUAUCAGCAUCGCAAUCUUGUUGAGUUGGAUGCAAAUGAUGUUAUUAAUUGGUCGAGUUCCAAUGUGGGGAUAUUACGCACUCAUGUUUUCUACUGUGUUGAAAAAUAUUCUAAAGGUUCUCCUGGCGUUUGGUUACUUGAUUGUUGGAUUUGCGUUGAGUUUUGCUGUGUUAUUUCACGAAAACAAUCAAUUUGACGAUUUCUGGAGAGCCAUCGUAAAAACUGUGGUAAUGAUGAUGGGCGAGUACGAGUAUAAUGAGCUAUUCGAGAGCAAUUUUCUAUCGGUAACAAGCAGAAUCGUGUUUGUCGUCUUCAUCAUGCUCGCCAGUAUCGUUCUGAUUAAUCUCAUGAUCGGUCUGGCGGUCAACGAUAUUCAAGGUCUCGAAAAGGAGGGUCACAUACGUCGAUUAUUGAAGCAAGCGGAGUUUGUCGCACAUUUAGAAAGGGUGACGUCACAUCGAAUCUUUCGUAGCAAUUGGCUACAUCCCCGUUUAAGAAUGCUGUUGCACUCGAGAUGCGAUAUUUCCACAAAAAUUACGCUGGUCUCUCGUGAAAAUUAUUUCCAUCAUAUGAGUCAUUUUACGGAGGCGCCUCCUAAGAUUCCCAUCGAUCUAAUAGAAGCCUUAUUUUUGUUAGCCACCAAGAACAAUAAUCUGGCGGAUAAAAACAUAGAAACUGACGAUACGAAGCUGACUUCCAUACUAACUAAUUUAGAGGAACAAAUCCGGGAAUUAAAAACACAUUGUGUGUACAACUAUCGUAAUUUGACGGAUCGAAGAUCGUCGAAACGACGCGGACUUAAAAGGAAGGCUGUCCAAAAAAGAUUUAUAAAUACUUAA